GCCAUGGCCCGGCCGCCCGCGCUCGCCCCGCUGCUGCUCCUGCUCCUGCUCGGGGAGCUCCUGGCGGCCGCCGGGGCGCAGAAAGUGGGACUCCCAGGCCCUCCAGGCCCCCCAGGGCUGCCAGGGAAGCCCGGCCAGGACGGCAUUGACGGCGAAACUGGACCUCCAGGUCUGCCUGGGCCCCCGGGACCAAAGGGGGCCCCAGGAAAGCCGGGGAAAUCAGGAGAGGCCGGGCUGCCAGGACUGCCGGGUGUGGACGGUCUGACUGGGCGAGAUGGACCCCCUGGACCCAAGGGUGCCCCUGGGGAACGGGGAAGUCUGGGACCCCCGGGGCCGCCCGGGCUGGGGGGCAAAGGCCUCCCUGGACCCCCCGGAGAGGCAGGAGUGAGCGGCCCCCCAGGUGGGAUCGGCCUCCGCGGCCCCCCGGGACCGUCUGGACUCCCCGGCCUCCCUGGCCCCCCGGGACCUCCCGGACCCCCUGGACACCCAGGAGUCCUCCCUGAAGGCGCCACUGACCUUCAGUGCCCAAGUAUCUGCCCACCAGGUCCCCCAGGGCCCCCUGGAAUGCCGGGGUUCAAGGGACCCACUGGCUACAAAGGCGAGCAGGGGGAAGUCGGCAAGGACGGCGAGAAGGGCGACCCUGGCCCCCCUGGGCCCGCCGGCCUCCCGGGCAGCGUGGGGCUGCAGGGCCCGCGGGGAUUACAAGGACUGCCAGGGCCACUCGGGCCCCCUGGGGACAGGGGUCCCAUCGGGUUCCGAGGGCCGCCUGGGAUCCCAGGAGCGCCUGGGAAAGCGGGUGACCGAGGCGAGAGGGGCCCAGAAGGGUUCCGUGGCCCCAAGGGUGACCUCGGCAGACCUGGUCCCAAGGGAAUCCCCGGAGUGGCCGGGCCAAGUGGGGAGCCGGGCAUGCCGGGCAAGGACGGCCAGAAUGGUGUGCCAGGACUCGAUGGCCAGAAGGGAGAGGCUGGUCGCAGCGGUGCUCCGGGAGAGAAGGGCCCCAACGGGCUGCCGGGCCUCCCCGGACGAGCAGGGUCCAAAGGCGAGAAGGGAGAAAGGGGCAGAGCUGGGGAGCUGGGUGAGGCUGGCCCCUCGGGAGAGCCAGGCGUCCCUGGAGAUGCUGGCAUGCCUGGGGAGCGCGGUGAGGCUGGCCACCGGGGCUCAGCGGGGGCCCUCGGCCCACAAGGCCCUCCUGGAGCCCCUGGCAUCCGAGGCUUCCAGGGCCGGAAGGGCAGCAUGGGAGAACCCGGCCUUCCAGGCCCCCAGGGCCUCCGAGGUGAUGUGGGCGACCGGGGUCCGGGAGGCACCGCAGGCCCUAAGGGAGACCAGGGCAUUGCAGGUUCUGACGGUCUUCCUGGGGAUAAAGGAGAACUGGGUGCCAGCGGCCCGGUCGGACCCAAGGGAGAGUCUGGCAGUCGAGGGGAGCUGGGCCCUAAAGGCAUCCAGGGUCCUAACGGCACCAGCGGCGUUCAGGGUGUCCCCGGACCCCCCGGUCCUCUGGGCCUCCAGGGCGUCCAGGGUGUUCCUGGCAUCACGGGGAAGCCGGGCGUUCCGGGGAAGGAGGCCAGCGAGCAGCGCAUCAGGGAGCUGUGUGGGGGGCUGAUCAGCGAACAAAUUGCACAGUUAGCCACGCACCUGAGGAAGCCUUUGGCACCGGGGUCCAUUGGCCGGCCCGGUCCAGCUGGCCCCCCUGGACCCCCAGGACCCCCAGGCUCCAUCGGUCACCCUGGCGCUCGAGGACCCCCCGGAUACCGCGGUCCCACUGGGGAGCUGGGAGACCCCGGGCCCAGAGGAAGCCAGGGUGACAGAGGAGACAAAGGCGUGGCAGGAGCAGGGCUGGACGGGCCUGACGGAGACCAGGGUCCCCAAGGACCCCAAGGCGUGCCCGGCACCAGCAAGGAUGGCCAGGACGGUGCUCCCGGCGAGCCUGGGCCUCCCGGAGAUCCUGGACUUCCAGGUGCCAUUGGCGCCCAGGGGACACCGGGGAUCUGCGACACCUCAGCCUGCCAAGGAGCUGUGUUAGGAGGGGUCGGGGAAAAAUCAGGCUCUAGAAGCUCAUAAAAUUCAACAUAAGGAAAUGAGCAAGUGACAAGAACGCCUGAAGCACAGUGGGGCGGUCAUGAAGGAGCAGGGGUGUGGCAGGCUGGCGACGUCCAGGAGAGUGAGCGCCCCAGCUGCCCCUCGGCCGCCGACUGGACGCGCGGGCCCUGCCAGCGAGCACCCUCAUCGGGCUGUCGCCUGACCGCAUACCUCAAAAGGCCCUAGCUGAUAAACGUGUAAGCCCAGCAUUUGAGAGAAGGUAGGGUGUUUGUAUAAAACGUUGUGUACAAUUCCAUGAGAUGCAAAAUAUUCAGUAACUUGUUCACAUAGCAUUUCUGUAGAGGCUGUGAUCGCAUCCCAAUAAAAUGAUGUAUUAAAUCUUCA